AAAAAAAGCAAAAAAAAAAAAAAAAAAAAUCAAAUUCCGGAAACCAGAACUUGAAAUCCUUCGAAUUGUGUAUCGAUAUGUGUACGUUACCAUUUAUCAUUUUUAAAUGUCCCAAGUGCCACGAAAGAAAAAAACACCAAAACGAAUUCAAACUGAAACGAUUAAAAACGUAGAUCGACGACGGUUAUAUAACUAUCAAAGAAGCGUAACUUUUUGCACGUAAAAAGAAAUUGCAUAAAAUUUAUGGAAACAGUCGACUUACAUUCGUUCGACGCGUAACGCGUUAUUUCAAAGCAGCAAUUUAUUGAGGCAUGAGUGGCAGAGAAAAAUGAAUUUAGUCUGAUAAAAAUAGUUUACAACCAACGUUGGUCAGAAACUUAAAAUCCAUAAGAAAAAGUCCAUUUUAUAGGGGUAUAAAACGAUGCACAAGCGCUAAAUGUUAAACUAACCGACUGAAAUAAUAUAAAUUUGAUGCGCAAGAAAAGACUGUUAACAAAUAUGAAAACAAUGUUUUGCUCCUUUGGUAGAUUUAUCCCAAAGCAAUUUUUGUUUUGCGUAAUAAUCCUUUUCAGAAGAAAAUAGGUAUGUCAGAAUUCAUACAUCAAUCGGCGAUGGAGUGCAUUGACGAAAGAUCUUCAAGUGUUUUAACAAAUAAUCCAGAAAAAAUUAUAUCCGACAAUGGCGAACGAUCUGCAAAUGUUUUGAUAAAGAAUCCAAUCAAAAAAAUAUGCGGACAGUUGAAAGAGGUAAUGGGUCAAGUUACCCUCGAGCCUAUGCUUUUUGUUAAAAUGGUGUCGGAGGGAAACGUUGUAGUGAUUAUCGAUACACUACAACUAGACCGGGUUUGUCGUGUUAAUUUCAACUUUAGUGAAGCAGACUGUAUGGCAAUGGACGACGGAAAUCACUCACACAUUCAAGAAACGGUGCAGGUAUACCAGAAUAACUUUAACUUUUAUCAAGGAUUUCUGGCAAGUAUUUUGCCAGUUUUGAUUGUUCUCUUUGCUGGAUCAUUUAGUGAUCAAUACGGUAGGAAACUGCCGAUGAUCAUCUCUUUGUCCGGAUAUGUGAUUUUCGCUUUAAUUUACAUCGUCACGAUCUUCAAUCCAUCGUGGCCAGUGGAAGUUCUCUACGCAGGCUCGAUAGCCAUCAACUUGUGCGGAAGUUGGGUCGUUUUCAAUAUGGCAGUCUACAGCUAUUUAGCCGACAUUACUGUAAUAGAGAAACGUACAAAACGAAUGGGUUGGAUGGACGCUAUUUGGUAUAUGGGAGGACCCAUUGGAACCGUGAUGGGUGUAUGGCUAUACCGAGCAUAUGGCUACACGGCUGUAUUCGCAGUCUCAGCCAUUUUGUGGUCCAUAUGCAUAGCGUACACCGCCAUUUUCGUCAAAGAAAGCGUUGUCCAACCCACAAAAGCAACAAAAAAGGGAAAGCCUUUUGAAUUUGUAAUCGAUUUAGGCCGAGCAGCUUUCAAACGAUAUCCCAAUCGCGGUAGACUUCAUUUGUUUUUGCUGAUGGCCAUUAAAUUGGGUGUUUAUCUUGUCCAAGGGCAUCAGGUUUAUUUAUGGGCACGACGUGUGCUCGGAUGGAAUGUCACCCAGUAUUCGAACUGGUCAGGCGCAAAUGAAGCUGUACGUCAAGUUGGUAUGGUUAUAUUACUCGGACUGGCAUCAAGUUACGAGCUGUCGGAUUACACUGUCGCAAUCUUUGGAUUGGUAUCCAUUGCUCUUUGGAACAUGAUGUCAAUCUUCAUCACCGGUCCAUCUUUGUGGUGGGUAGUUAUCAUCACUACUUUAGUAGGAGCUUUCAAGGCCAGCAUCGACCCAGCUCUUCGCGCUCUGAUAACAAGCAUCCCGGACAAAAGCGACGUUGGUAAAAUAUUAGGGUUUCUUGGGCUGUUGGAAUCCAUUUGGUUUACUGUAGAUAGGUCUAUCUUCACGCACCUAUACAACGCUUUAAUUGAAACCUUCCCCCAGAUCAACUUUGUAGUAGGAAGUGCCUUUGCCGUCGUGUUGAUCUUGGCCCUAUUUCUGUUAAAAAGAGACUGGGAAAAACGAAGGAAUCCAAAUACAAAAGUGAUUCCAGAUCACACAAGCGAUGCAACAUAGGAGUUGGCUUCGAAGAUUGAAUUAAAUGAAAACACUUGAAUUCAACGUCUCCCCCCUCUUACAAACUCAACCCAUUGUGGUCAACAUAUUUUAGUUUAAGCCAAAGUUGUCUUUGUUUAGUUGCAGAACCCCUGUAAAGAAUCAAAUAAUAAAAAAUAGG